AUGUCGAUACCGCUGUUACCAUUAUCGAGACUAAAUACUGGACUUACUGAGAGUAACAGCUUCUCUGACAACCAAGAGGGUCAAGUUAGUCAGAAGAUCCAAAUGUAUUUGACUCUUCAACACCAAAGGCUAUGCUGCGAAAACCAGUCUCUAAAGACUGUGUCCUACGACAAAAGGAAAAGUUAUUUUAACCCGUCGGAAACAAGGAAGCGGAUUAUGACAUACACGGAUAAAAAAAUUAAUUUUUUGAAACAAAAAGAAAUAAGUGAGCAUGAUUUGUCAAAUUAUGCUAAAGAGGAGCAUGAAAAACAUAUGCUGCACAAAGAAGAGGCUCACAAAAAAUCCAUGCUGCAUAAAGAGGAUGCACAUCAAAAAGCGAUGCAGCAGCAAGAAGAGCUGCAUCAAAUUGAGGUGGAAUGUAAUAAGCAACAUUUAGAAAAUAUGAAAUAG